CACAAGUGCAGUGCUGCCACAUCUGCAGGAAAGCAUGUUGCUAGCCACGUUUAAGCUGUGUGCUGGAAGCUCCUACAGACAUCUGCGGAACAUGAAAGGACUGAGACACCAAGCUGUGCUGGCCAUUGGCCAGGAACUCAACAGAAGAACACUGGGAGACUCCAGCCCUGGAUGGAUCAGUCAGGUUCGGCGUCGGAGCUCUCUGCUUGGUUCUCAGCUGGAAGCGGCACUCUACAGUGAGCAGGAGCUGUCCUAUAUCCAGCAGGGAGAGGUGGCUAUGCAGAAGGCCUUGAGUAUCCUCAGCAACCAGGAAGGCUGGAAGAAAGAGAACCAGCAGGAAAACGGGGAUGAGGUGCUGAGUAAAGUGGUCCCUGAUGUGGGCAAGGUAUUUCGGCUGGAGGUGGUGGUAGACCAGCCCAUGGACAGACUCUAUGCAGAACUUGUGGACCGCAUGGAGGCAAUGGGAGAGUGGAACCCAAAUGUCAAGGAGAUCAAGGUCCUGCAAAAGAUUGGGAAAGACACAGUCAUCACCCAUGAGCUGGCUGCAGCAGCAGCAGGAAACCUGGUGGGACCCCGUGACUUUGUGAGCGUACGCUGUGCCAAGCGCCGAGGCUCCACCUGUGUGCUGGCAGGCAUAGCCACACAUUUUGGGGAGAUGCCUGAACAAAGCGGUGUUAUCAGAGCUGAACAGGGUCCCACCUGCAUGGUGCUUCACCCACUGGCUGGGAGUCCCUCGAAGACUAAAUUCACUUGGCUGCUCAGUAUUGACCUCAAGGGGUGGCUGCCGAAAAGCAUCAUCAAUCAGGUCUUAUCACAAACCCAGAUGGAGUUUGCCAACCACCUGCGCAAGCGCCUGGAGUCCAGCUCUGCCUCUGAGGCCCGGUGUUAAGACUGUACCCACUACAUCAACCUGCAUGCCAUCAGCAGCCUCCCGCAGGAAGCCUGCAAGUCUGUUUCAAAUCUCCAGUUGAUGACUACGGGAGGGGUAGUACUUAUCAGACACUAGGACUGACUGGCGAAACAUGACCAUCAGGAAAUUAGCAAUGAGGCUGAGCAGAAGAGACCUCAGCCUCUCCCACAGAUUAGCUGUGAAGUGGGCUAAGAGAUAGACAUGCUAACACUUUUAUGUAGGCCUGUGUAUGCUCACCUAAAAACCCUACUCAAAACGCAAGUAGUUAGUGUGACAAGGGGGGGUGUUUAGGAACUGUUGUCUUCUGAGCUCAAAGCCACUGCCUGAAGCAGUGUGUGCACACAGCAAGGCUUCCCCAGGGACUUCAGUGACCCUCUGUUCCUCCAUAAAAGGCCAAGAACAUCAAACCACUCACAAACAGACCCUUCCAGAGUACACUCCAAGUUCUCUCUAAGGAGAAAGGAAACUAAAUAUUACGUUGGCUUCCCUACUUAUUACAUCACAAUAAAGUACCACACAUGAAAUUUCAGCCUAUACUUGUCAAGUCCUAUGGCACAGAAUCUGUGCUGGGAGCCACAGCUUCAUCAGAGCUCUGGAUCAAGACUGUGGGUUCCAAUUUCCUAGUUCAUUAAAGGAACAAAACUUCACAUUU